AUGGGGACCAGCUGGAACACACAACGGCUGUUCCUCUUAGCCGUUACCCUGGUUUCUGUCACAGCAGUUCCAGAAGAGGGGCAUCUGAAUUUGACAGAUGAUAUCAGCAUUGACGGGAUAGAACGUAACCUCCAUACAUUGGGCGUAACGGAUAAUAAAAUUAUGACAGCGCAGUAUGAAUGCUACCAAAAAAUUAUGCAAGCGCCUGCGAACACAAUUGAAGGUCCGCACUGCAACAGAACGUGGGAUGGAUGGUUGUGUUGGGACAGUGUGGCUGCAGGAAGCAAUUUGGAGCAGAACUGCCCGGAUUACUUUCAGGACUUUGACCCGUCAGAAAAAGUUGUUAAGAGCUGCGACCAAAAUGGGCAGUGGUUCGUACAUCCAGAAAGUAACAGAACGUGGACAAACUACACACUGUGUACCCUAGGAGUAAUUUUGAAACUACAGACAGCUCUGAAUUUGUACUAUCUCACUAUCAUUGGCCACAGCCUCUCCAUUGUUUCACUGUUGAUUUCCCUUGGCAUAUUCUCCUACUUUAAGAGCCUGAGUUGCCAGAGGAUCACUUUGCAUAAGAACCUCUUUUUUUCUUUUGUGUGCAACUCCAUCGUCACAAUCAUUAGUCUUACAGGAGUUGCAAACAACCAGCAGUUGGUUGAAGCCAAUCCCGUCGGAUGCAAAGUCGCUCAGUUUAUUCAUCUUUAUUUAAUGGUUUGCAGUUACUUCUGGAUGCUCUGCGAAGGCAUUUACUUGCACACUCUCAUUGUGGUGGCCGUAUUUGCAGAGAAACAGCACCUGCUGUGGUAUUACCUUCUGGGAUGGGGAUUUCCGUUGAUUCCUGCCUGCAUACAUGCUGUUGCCAGGGCCAUAUAUUUCAAUGACAACUGCUGGAUCAGUUCAGAUACUCACCUGCUGUAUAUCAUCCACGGUCCUAUUUGUGCUGCACUAGUGGUGAACCUCUUUUUCCUGUUGAACAUUGUUCGCGUUCUGAUAACCAAGCUAAAAGUCACCCACCGUGCAGAAUCAAAUCUUUACAUGAAAGCAGUCAGAGCCACCCUAAUUUUAGUGCCACUCCUUGGCAUCGAGUUUGUGUUGCUGCCUUGGCGACCAGAGGGCCGUAUUGCUGAGGAGAUUUAUGAUUAUGUAAUGCAUAUUCUUAUGCAUUAUCAGGGUUUGUUGGUGGCAACAAUUUUCUGCUUUUUUAACGGAGAGGUCCAGUCUGUUAUCCGAAGGCACUGGAAUCAAUACAUAAUCCAAUUUGAUAACAGCUUCGCUCAUUCGGACGCGAUUCGCUCCGCUUCCUACACAGUCUCCUCGAUCACAGAUGGUCAGAGUUUCACCUACAAUCAUGACUGCACCAGUGAACAUUUAAAUGGGAAAACCUGCCACGACAAGGAAAAUGUGGUUUUUUAAAGCCGAAAAGUUGCAUGGCUGAUUGUGGAAAACUCUUG